AUGUCCAUCCCAACCUACAGCAUCGCCUCCAUCCCCGCCGACGGGAUCGGCCCCGAAGUCAUCGAAGCGGGAAUCACAGCCCUCAACGCCCUAGCCGAGACCCUCAACACCUUCAAACUGAACUUCACCCACUACGACUGGAGUUCCGAGACCUUCAAACAAACCGGAAAAUACAUCCCCGAUGGCGGCCUAGACCAGCUCAAGAAACACGACGCUAUUCUCUUCGGUGCCGUGGGUGCACCCGAUAUCCCCGACCACAUCUCCCUCUGGGGCCUCCGUCUCGCCAUCUGCCAACCCCUCCAACAAUACGCCAACGUCCGCCCGACCAAAAUCUUCCGGGGCACCUCCUCGCCCCUCCGGAACUGCCAACCCGGGGAUCUCGACUGGGUGAUUGUUCGCGAGAACAGCGAGGGCGAGUACGCCGGGCAAGGCGGUCGGUCGCACCAAGGUCGUCCAUGGGAAAUUGGGACCGAGACGGCGAUAUUUUCGCGUCAUGGCGUGGAACGCAUCAUGCGGUUUGCGUUUGAGACGGCGCGGCAACGGCCGAGGAAGUUGUUGACCGUGGUCACGAAGAGUAAUGCCCAGCGGAAUGGGAUGGUGUUGUGGGAUGAGGUGGCGAGGGAGGUCGCGCGGGAGUUUCCGGAUGUGACGGUGGAUAAGAUGCUCGUGGAUGCGAUGACGACCAGGAUGGUGUUGAAGCCGGAGACGAUUGAUACCGUUGUGGCGACGAAUUUGCACGCGGAUAUCCUGUCUGAUUUGGCGGCUGCGUUGGCCGGGUCUAUUGGUAUUGCGCCCACGUCGAAUCUGGAUCCUACGCGGCAACAUCCGAGUAUGUUUGAGCCGAUUCAUGGGUCUGCGUUUGAUAUUACCGGCAAGGGGAUUGCUAAUCCGGUGGGUACGUUCUGGACGGCAGUGGAGAUGCUGAAUUGGCUGGGUGAGAAGGAGGCUGCGAGUACGCUGCUCGAGUGUGUCGAGAAUGUCUGCGAGCAGGGCGUUCUGACCAGGGAUCUGGGAGGUCAGGCUACUACGAAGGAGGUGACGGCGGCGGUGGUGGCUGAGAUUCAGAAGAAGAAAUAA